UUGCAUUAUGUAGAUCAGCCGCUCAUUGUAAUCCACUGUGUCAUUUAACUCCUCCCCUCCUGAUCCUCUCUCCUCUUGUUGUCCUCUCUGCCACUCCGUCUACUCCUCUCAUCCUGUCUGCUUAAAGUUUGUGAAGCUGCUGUGAGACGCUGCAACCAUGGCUGCUAUUGGGUCUUACCGUAUGGUGUCAGAGGAGGAGCAGGCCAUGAGGUCUAAGCUGGAGAAUUUGUCAGUGAAGGAUCAUGGGCCAGUGUUUGGGCCGUGCCACAAACUGCCUGGACACACUGUGCAAAAGGCGAAGGAUGAGCUGAGUGAGACAGAUGAGAGGCGGGCGUCGACACUGAAGGACCUGCGAGUCAUGAUGAAGGAGAGAGCAGCGGAGGGAGACGAUUUGGCCAAACUGGUGCUGGAGCACUUCGGGGACAAACCGGACUCUCUGAUCCUGCGUUUCCUCAGAGCUCGCAAGUUUGAGGUUGUCAGAGCCCACGAGCUCAUGAAGGGUUAUGUGCGCUUCAGGAAGGAGUAUCCCGAGCUGUUUGAGAAUCUGACCCCAGAGGCAGUCCGCAGCACCAUCGAGGCGGGUUACCCUGUGGUACUGCCCAGCAGGGACAAGUAUGGCCACGUAGUCCUGCUCUUCAACAUCGAGAACUGGGACCUGGAGGAGAUCACAUUCGAUGAGAUCUUAAGAGCGUACUGUGUGAUCCUGGAGAAGUUGCUGGAGAAUGAGGAAACCCAGAUCAAUGGCUUUGUCCUGAUUGAGAAUUUCAAGGGCUUCACCAUGCAGCACGCCUCAGGAAUAAAGCCGACCGAGCUCAAGAAGAUGGUGGACAUGAUGCAGGACUCUUUCCCUGCGCGUUUCAAGGCGGUCCACGUUACUCACCAGCCCUGGUACUUCACCACCACAUACAACGUGGUCAAACCCUUCAUGAAGAGCAAGUUGCUGGAGAGGGUCUUUGUUCACGGCGACGAGCUGGACAACUACUUCAAAGAAUUCGACGCAGACAUCCUGCCAGCAGAUUUUGAUGGGAAAGCCUCUGUUGCAGACUGCCAGGCUAUCGCCACCAAGCUUUUUGGCUCUGAAGACACUGCUCUCUGAAAGAACAGCCCCUCCCAUUUCAAACCCAAGAGUUAUAGUGUCCUUCACCCUAGAUGCUUCUUUUGUGAUCAGAUCCGGUCUAUUUUGAAGCUAGGUUGACAUUUUGUAUUAUUAUGCAGGCAGUUCCUAUGAGCAAAAAGAAGUAUCUAGAGUUAGGAGCAGGGAAUGGGUUGCCAAUGAGUAAAUACAUGGUGAUAUAAAUAGGAAAGAAAAAAGAUGUUUAGCUAUUACAGAGAGAAUAAUUGAUGUUUAAUGUCUGUUACUUUACAGCGCUAACAUUCAUUGUUACUUAAGGAGCGGAGGGAGAAUGAGAGAGUUGAUAAUGUAAGUCAGUUUGGUUUGGAGUUUUUCGCCUUAAAAAUGAAUUUCACAUCAUACAGAGCAGCUUUGUGCCUACAAUCCUGUCAGUUGAAUGAGAACAUAAAUGUUUCAGUCUCAGGGGUUUAGAAAGGUAUGAAGAUUGGAAAACUAAUAACGGCUAAGCCAGCAUUUGAUAAUUGUUUUAGGAGCCUUCUGAUGCAGUGUCAUGGAAACAGUUCUUUGUCUCAACAGCCUUGUUUGAGUUGUGACUCUCAGAUGCCUGAUUUACCACAAAGAUCCAUUCUGCAAUUUGCACUGUAUUGGGAAAUUUUCAAUUAAAUUGUUUUUUUUUGUGUCA